CCUCUCCCUUCCCAUUGGCCGGGCUCCGCCCCGCCCCCCGGUGGUGAAGGCGGCCAAUCAGGAGCCGGUGCACGUGCUUGCUGGUGUGUUCCUCUUCCGGGUCGCGAGGGGGCGGAAAGAGGAGGAGAAGGAGGAAGCCCGCGGGACUCCCGGAAGUCGAUCCCCGCCAGCGAACCGCUCUGUAGCCGCGGCCGGGAACGAGUCUGGCUGGGUCCCUCUCGACGUCGGCAGCCGCCCGCAGGAUUGCCACGAUGGCUGCCGAUUCGGACGUGCUCCAUUUCCAGUUUGAGCAGCAAGGCGACGCCGUGCUGCAGAAGAUGAACCUGCUGAGGCAGCAGAACCUCUUCUGCGACGUGUCCAUCUACAUCAACGACACGGAGUUCCACGGGCACAAAGUGAUCUUCGCGGCCUGCUCCACCUUCAUGCGGGACCAGUUCCUGCUCACGCAGUCCCAGCACGUUCGGAUCACGAUCUUGCAGAGCGCUGAAGUAGGCCGGAAGCUGCUGCUCUCGUGCUACACGGGAGCGCUGGAAGUGAAGAAGAAGGAGCUUUUGAAAUACCUCACGGCGGCCAGUUACCUGCAGAUGGUGCAUAUCGUGGAAAAGUGCACCGAGGCCCUUUCCAGAUAUCUGGAAAUCGACGCUUCUGUAGAAGGCAACGGCCGGUGUGCUGACAAAUGCCACUCUUCGGACAUGGAGCUGGGCAGCAAAGACAGCUGCCCAUAUAGAGACUGUGAAAUCAUCGAGAUUUCUGCAGACAGCCCGGUGAGCGUAGACGAUCCCAUAAAACAGGAGAAAGGGGACAUUCAGCCGGUGUCCCUGCAGGAUUUAAUGUCGGACAGGAAGGAGGUCAAAAGCCCUGAGAUCUCCACCGUGGAGAUUGGCUACAAGGAUGACGAAAUCUGCAUCUUCCAGAUGGAUUCCAUUAACGUCCCCAGUGUGGACGAUGCGCAGUUUCCCCAGCCUUGCACCUCUUCCAAAACCAACCUGUAUUUCCCCGAAACUCAGCACUCCUUGAUCAACUCCACCGUGGAGAGCAGGAUGAGCGAAGUAGCUCAGCUCCAGAACUUUGGCAGCGAGAACCCAGAAGGAGCUGCGCACACAGGAGGUGACUUCCCAAACUCCGAGGGCGUCGGCUACUCGUGGCGGCAUCAGUGUCCCAAGUGCCCCAGAGGCUUCCUCCACCUGGAAAACUACCUCCGCCACUUAAAGAUGCACAAGCUUUUCUUGUGCUUGCAGUGUGGGAAGACAUUUACUCAGAAGAAGAACCUCAAUCGGCAUAUCCGCGGCCACAUGGGCAUCCGCCCGUUCCAGUGCAUGGUGUGUCUGAAGACGUUCACCGCCAAGAGCACCCUCCAGGACCACCUCAACAUCCACAGUGGGGACCGGCCGUAUAAGUGUCACUGUUGUGACAUGGAUUUCAAGCACAAGUCCGCCCUCAAAAAACACCUGACGUCCGUGCACGGAAGGGCCGGCGGAGUGGACAAAUCUGGCUUUGACGCCAUCACGGAAGUUAGAAUAGACUACGACUAGAUGUCGUUUGGGAAGGGGAUUUUUUUUUUAAAAAAGGCCUGAUUGGUUGCAGAACACCAAGACCCACCCCACUUUCUCCACUCAUAGUCUCCAGCCCUGCAUGUAAAUAUACCCCCCUAUUUAUCGAUGUUCCCGCAGGCUUUUGAAUAACUGCCCUUCUUCCCAUGAUAUUAAGCAAGAAAUACUGAACAAAAGGUGGUGCUUAAUUGUUGUUAUUUACGUAUUUAUAUGUUCUGUAACGUAAAAGAAUCUUUGGAGCCUUUAUUUUUGCACCACACCCAGAAUUUUUUUAACGUAAAGCUGUUGUUUACGUCUCGGUUUUGGGGGGGCUUUAAUCAGAGUGUCUGUUUUUUUGGGUGAAAACGUGCAACUUUGCCUUGUUCACCAUGAACUGCACAGUGGCCAGGAAUUCACAUAAGAGCCCAGUGUAUAAUCAAGGCAGCGUCUUUAUUUUAUUUUUUUCUCCUUUAACAAAGACUGGACUCGUUAUAAAAACACCAUUGUUGGAGUCACCUUGUUUGGCAAGCCACAAAAGAAUCAAAUGUAAAUUCCAUUUUCACUUCAGUCUGAAGUUAAGUCUUAUUGCUAGUGGUCACUGCAGGUUACAAGGUACUAUAUUUUUCUUAUUUCUGGAAGCGUUAAGAAACAUACAAUCAACUUUCAUCCAGGCAAUUCUGUGUUUUGGAGCAGUAUAAAUGUAUACAUUUUUGUGAUAAUGCAAAUAAGCUAUAUAUCUCCUGGGAUGAAUGGAUCAACUGCAGUUACAAGGGUGCUUAAUUUUCAAGGGAAAAAAACCCUGAACUAUAAAAUGCAGAUAUUAAUUGUGAGGGUGGGGACAUUAAUUGCAUGAUUUUCCUGAGAUGCCAGUGGCAAUUGCAUAAAUGAUCAAAGAACUCAGUUGUGUUGGGGUGCUGACAUUUUGAGAAGGCUGUUUAUAACGUUUUUGUAAAUGUGGCCUGCUUUUUGGUGUGCUAAUAAGCUUUUGUGUAACAGGAGAUCCUUCCUGUUUGAUUGAUACGCUCCAAAUUUUGCAAAAGACUUUCUCUGACUCCAGGUGUUCGUAAGCGAAUUGUGUCUGUAACACGCAUGGAGCUGUCCAGUUUUGAGAAAAAGCAUUCACUGGCCAAACAGCCCCAAUUAUGAGGUUGACACCUGUGAUAGUCUUGUUUGUGGCUGCUUUGUGUGGGCGUGCAUGCCCAAUUUGCCAUUUGAUUUGUAAUGGGAAUAAAGAUUGCUUCUGGCUGA